AUGGCUUCUCUUCUCCUUUCAACUUCCCCUUGUACCAUCUCCAACAAGAACUCUUCUAAUAAUUUAUCUUCUUCAUUCUUGAACAAGUUCAAAAUCCCAUCUCUUUUAUCCACCAAGAAGCUUGCUCAUGUCCCAUGUAAAGUGGCAUGCCAAGCAAAAAAUAAUGACCAAAAUGAUAAGUCGGAUGGAAAAUUCGAUAGAAGAAACCUCCUCAUCGGUCUAGGUGGCCUAUAUGGUACCGCCGCUAGCUUAGCUGGCGAUCCCAUGGCCACUCUAGCUGCUCCGAUCUUGGCGCCUGAUGUAAGCAAAUGUGGCAAUGCACAGUUGCCAUCAGGCGUCAAGCCUACCAAUUGUUGUCCUCCUUCGUCCACCAAGAUUGUUGAUUUCAAACUACCCGUGACGUCUAAUGCAUUGCGGGUAAGGCCUGCGGCUCAUUUAGCCGAUGCUGAUUAUAUUGCCAAGUAUACGAAAGCCCUAAACCUCAUGAAGGCUCUCCCGGAUAGUGAUCCACGUAGCUUUAAGCAACAAUCUAAUGUUCAUUGUGCUUAUUGUGAUGGGGCGUAUCAACAAGUUGGAUUUCCGAAUCUUGAGCUCCAAGUUCAUGAUUCUUGGCUCUUCAUGCCUUUCCAUAGAUGGUACUUAUACUUCUUUGAGAAGAUCUUGGGUAAUUUGAUUGGGGAUCCAAAUUUUGCAAUGCCAUAUUGGAAUUGGGACAAUCCAAAUGGUAUGCAAAUACCUUCCAUGUACACCGAUAAGAACUCGCCUCUUUACGAUGCCCUUCGCGAUGCCCGCCACCUUCCACCAACAAUUGUGGACCUCGAUUACAAUGGAUCUGAUUCACCAACAGAUGAUCAAACUCAAAUAUCAAGCAAUUUAACCGUCAUGUAUAGGCAAAUGGUGUCUAAUUCCCGAACUCCCCGCCUUUUCAUGGGAAGUCCAUACCGUGCCGGAGAUGAGCCGGAUCCAGGACCCGGGUCACUUGAGAACAUGCCUCAUGGCCCGGUUCACAUAUGGGUCGGGGAUAGCACCCAACCAAAUUUUGAGGACAUGGGCAACUUUUAUUCGGCCGGGCGCGAUCCUAUAUUCUAUGCUCAUCACUCAAAUAUAGAUCGCCUUUGGUCGAUAUGGAAAACCCUAGGAGGCCGUCGCCAAGACUUUACCGAUCCAGAUUGGCUCAACUCAUCGUUUCUAUUCUACGAUGAGAAUGCUCAAAUGGUUAGGGUUAAGGUCAAGGAUAGCUUGGACAGCACGAAACUCGGCUACAAUUAUCAAAACGUGGACACCCCAUGGAUGGAUAGCAAACCAAAGCCUAGAAAUUCCAAACUUUUUGGAAACCUAAUUGGUAAACGUGGAAAUGGCAUAGCAAUGGCAGCCAAUGGUCCAAAACCUUCAACACCGGUGACGGUUCUACCAAAGGUUCUAGAUGGACCUAUCACGAUUAAGGUGGCGAGGCCAAAGAAGAGUAGGAGCAAGAAGGAGAAAGAUGAUGAAGAAGAAAUUUUGGUGAUAGAGGGUAUAGAAGUGGAUAGAGAUGCGUUUGUGAAGUUCGACAUACUUAUAAACGACGAACAUGGAUCGCAUAGCGGACCAGAGAAGACGGAGUUUGCUGGAAGCUUCGUGAACGUGCCACAUAAACACAAGCAUAAACACGCUAAAAAGACUAAGACGGACUUGAGGCUAGGAAUAACCGAGCUAUUGGAAGACUUGGGUUGUGACGAUGAUGAUAGUGUGUUGGUGAGUUUGGUUCCACGAUAUGGGUCCAAAGGUGCGGUCAGCGUGAGUGGGAUCAAGAUCGAGUUUGAAUAA